CGCAGCAAGUACGCAACUCCACCGCCGCGCCCCUAGAAGACGCGUUUGGGCAGCUGAGCAGAUAGAUCCUGUCGGGGGAAACCGCGCCGUCUCCUUCGCCAGGGAUCUUGGCUGCCAGGAGCGCUUCGAAUCGCGCGCAAAGUCGACAGAGAUGGAGCCCUCAGAGACGCAGCAGUCUCGGGAUCUGGUUCGGAAAAGAGAAGAGCGGAGCGCUACGCUGACCCUCACCUUCGCUCUGAGCAACAAGAAGAAAAGCAGCAUCUCCAAAACACUUCGAGUUUUCGAGAUGUUUGAAGCUAAAAUACAUCAUUUUGAAAGCCGAACAGCUAGAAUAUCAAAGAACACUGAUGGCAACCUUGAAUUUUUUGUAAGAUGUGAAGUUCAGGACUGUGAGGUUAGCAGUCUUUUAAAUUCCUUGAAGAAAGUGGCAGAGGAUGUGGAAGCUAUCAGAGAAGAAAAAGUUCCAUGGUUCCCAAAGAAAAUAAGAGAUCUUGACUACUGCCAUCACCUGAUCACCAAAUUUGACCCUGAUCUGAAUUUUGACCACCCGGGUUAUGCUGAUCCACAAUAUAGGAAAAGGAGGGCUUUUAUUGCUGACCUGGCAUUUAACUAUGGACAGGGUGAUCCUUUGCCAAGAGUUGAGUACACGGCUGAAGAGACUGCUACUUGGAAAGAAAUUUACCAGAAUCUGACUGCCCUCUACCCCACCCAUGCCUGUAACCAAUACCUGGAAGCCUUUCAACAAUUAGAAAAAUACUGUGGCUACCAUGCGGACUGUAUCCCACAACUCCAGGAUGUCUCUGCAUUUCUGAAAGAAAGAACAGGCUUUAGCUUGAGACCAGCUGCAGGGCUACUAUCUCCUCGGGAUUUCCUUGCUGCCCUGGCAUUUCGUGUCUUUCAGAGUACUCAGUACAUAAGGCACUGGUCAUCUCCCAUGCAUUCCCCAGAACCGGAUUGUUGCCACGAACUGCUGGGCCAUGUUCCCAUGUUAGCUGAUAAGGACUUUGCUCAGUUUUCACAGGAUAUUGGGCUGGCUUCUCUUGGAGCAUCUGAUGAGGAUAUUGAAAAAUUAUCAACAUUCUAUUGGUUUACAGUUGAGUUUGGCCUCUGCAAACAAAAUGACUCUAUCAAAGCUUAUGGAGCAGGCCUCCUCUCAUCCUAUGGAGAACUGAUGCAUGCUUUAUCAGAAAAGCCAGAAUAUAAACCCUUUGAUCCAGAUGUGAUGGUGGUCCAACCUUAUCAUGACCAGACCUUCCAGCCCAUUUACUUUGUAGCAGACUGUUUUGAAGAUGCAAAGUCUCAACUACAGAAAUAUGCUCUUACGAUCAAGAAGACUUUCCCUCUUCACUACAAUCCCGUUACCUGCAGCAUGGAAAUUCUUGAUUCACCACAGAAAGUAUUGGAAAUUGCCACUCACUUGAAAGAGGAACUGACAGCUCUCUGCCAUGUUAUGGAAAAGCUUUUUGUAAAAUAAUGGUCCUAAUUUAUAGUAGACAGAAGACAAUUAUUAGAACAGUGAGGAUCUUAUUUAAGUAAGUUGUCUGCAACACUGGAGAAAAAAUGAGUAGCCAAUUAGUCCAUUUAAAUGUAGAUAAUCGAUUAAAGGUUUUGCCAAAUAAGAAGAAUAAGAAGACUUGUGAAUUGCAAAUCAGACAUUUGGGUGGGUGGGAGAAAUGUUCAGUGUCAAUUUGUUUGCAUUCUUGCUUUCUUUGUUGAACACAAGUACCAUUCUUGCAUUACAUUUUCUUGGAAAACAAGUUUACUUCUUGUAAACAAAUCAUUUGUUUUUCUUUAUUGUCUUGAUUUUUUGAUCUACCUGACUAGUUCAAAGGCCUUCAAUUACUGAUUGUUAAACGUCUGUGCAAUGUCCACAAGUCAAUGUUCUUCAUGAAUUGUGGUUGAGAAGAAAAUAUGUUCUUAGGCUUUAUAUCUUGUUUUUUUUAAAUCAGUGUUAUUAUUAAUAUCAUCAUCAACUAGCUGAUAACCUGGCACUGUCUGGGUAUUUAUUUAUCUCAACCCCCCUUCCAUGAACGUCGCUGCAAUUUCUAAUGUAGCAUUUUCUCCCUUACCAAAGGGAGCCCCCCCUUGUGGAGUA